UGCGGAAGGGACGGACUGAGUGACCCACAGUUCUGGGUCCGGAGGGCGACUUCGCCUGGGAGCCGAGAGAAGCAUGAACCAGCAGCUCCUGAAGUUGGAAAACUUGCUACGAUGUCACACUAUUUGUAGGCAGUUGCACAGCCUAAGUCAAAGAAGACUGUUAGCACGGUGGAGGCAUGGGUUUGCAUUGGCUGCCCCAGUGUGCACAGAUCGGCUAUGUGCCCGGCCCUGGCGGACAAACAUGCUCAUUGGCUCAGCUUUGCAUCCACACAGGCUUCUUGUAACAAAGAAGGAAAAAAGAGCACCGAAAUCUCAGUUGUCUCCAGUAAAAACUAAAAAAGAGGUAGAAGUAUGGAUUGGAAUGACUGUUGAAGAACUAGCCAGAGCCAUGGCAAAAGACAUAGAUUAUGUAUAUGAAGCUUUAUUGAACACUGCCAUUGACAUAGAUUCGCUAGAAGCCAACUCACAUUUAGAUGAAGUCUGGAUCAAAGAAGUUAUAAAGAAGGCAGGAAUGAAGCUGAAAUGGAGCAAAUUAAAGCUGGAGAAAAUAAGAGAGAAUAGAGAUGCCGUGAGGAGGCCUCCGGCAGAUCCAGCUUUAUUAAAACCCAGGUCCCCAGUUGUAACUAUAAUGGGUCAUGUAGAUCACGGGAAAACAACCUUACUUGACAAACUUCGAGAAACUCAAGUGGCAGCAAUGGAAGUCGGAGGCAUCACUCAACACAUCGGUGCUUUUCUUGUCUCUCUGCCCUCUGGAGAAAAGAUAACCUUUCUUGAUACUCCUGGACAUGCUGCCUUCUCAGCAAUGAGAGCCAGAGGGGCACAGGUUACCGACAUUGUUGUGUUGGUUGUAGCUGCAGAUGAUGGAGUGAUGAAACAAACUGUGGAAUCCAUUCAGCAUGCCAAAGAUGCACAAGUUCCUAUUAUCCUUGCAAUAAAUAAGUGCGACAAGACAGAUGCUGACCCUGAAAAGGUAAAGAAAGAGCUCCUAGCGUAUGACGUGGUCUGUGAAGAGUACGGGGGUGAUGUCCAAGCAGUGCAUGUCUCUGCACUUACGGGAGAUAACCUGAUGGCUUUGGCAGAAGCAACAAUUGCUCUCACAGAAGUGUUGGAACUGAAAGCGGAUCCCACGGGUCCAGUGGAAGGAACAGUAAUAGAAUCUUUCACAGACAAAGGAAGAGGUCCUGUUACAACAGCUAUAAUUCAAAGAGGAACUCUGAGAAAGGGCUCAAUUUUAGUUGCUGGGAAGAGUUGGGCAAAAGUUCGACUAAUGUUUGAUGAAAAUGGAAGAACACUUAAUGAAGCCUAUCCCAGCAUGCCAGUGGGAAUCAUAGGCUGGAGAGACCUCCCUUCUGCAGGAGACGGAAUUCUUGAAGUAGACUCUGAGCCAAGGGCCCGUGAAGUUGUUGAAUGGAGGAAGUCUGAGCAAAAAGAAGAAAAAGGCAAAGAUAACCUGAAAAUACUGGAAGAAAAGCGAAAAGAACACCAAGAAGCACAUCGGAAAAACCGUGAGAAGUAUGGCACUCUGAACUGGAAGGAGAGAUCAUAUAUAAAGUACCUUGAAAGAAAAGAACAGAAACCCUUAAAGCCCAAAGAAAAGGUAGAAAGGGACUCAAAUGUACUUCCUGUAAUUAUUAAAGGUGACGUUGAUGGGUCUGUGGAGACCAUCUUGAACCUUCUGGAUACCUAUGAUGCUUCCCACGAAUGUGAACUAGAAUUAGUGCAUUUUGGAUUGGGUGAUAUCAGUGAAAAUGAUGUUACCUUUGCUGAGACAUUUGAUGGUGUUAUUUAUGGCUUUAAUGUGGAUGCAGGCAGUGCUAUUCAGCAGUCAGCUGCACAAAAGGGAGUUAAGAUUAAACUUCACAAAAUCAUCUACCAUCUUAUUGAAGAUUUGCAGGAGGAACUAAGCAGCAGAUUGCCCCACACGCUGGAGGAGUACCCAAUAGGUGAGGCUUCUAUACUAGCAACCUUCACUGUAACAGAAGGGAAGAAAAAAGUUCCUGUUGCUGGCUGCAGAGUUCAAAAGGGACAGUUAGAAAGACAGAAGAAGUUUAAAUUAAUCCGAAACGGCCAAGUUAUUUGGAAGGGCUCAUUAACCUCACUGAAACACCAUAAAGAUGACGUUUCAGUUAUAAAAACUGGUAUGGACUGUGGUCUUAGUUUAGAUGAAGAGAAAAUAGAAUUCAAAGUGGGAGAUCAAGUCGUUUGUUAUGAAGAAAAUAAAGUUCCAACUAAGACUUCUUGGGAUCCAGGAUUUUAAAAGCACAUUAAAAAUGGUAAAAUGUA